AAGAGUACCAAGAGAGGUUUAAGGACGUAAAAUCAUUGGUAAAAAAGAUGAACACGAGCUUCACGGAAGGGUAUCUAAUCAAGGUCUUCAUAGGGGGACUAAAGAGAGACCUCCGCCUAGCAAUGAAGAGAUUCAAACCCGUGGACCUCAAGGAAGCAUUUGAGCAAGCCAAGCUCAAUAAGGCCUUAAGAAAAACCACACAAUCCAAAAAAACCACCCAACAUACACCACUCCCAAUCUCAUAG